UCGCAGGGGAACGCUACUGUUGCCCGGCCAACCUCACACAAACAUGAGAGUGUGGAGAAGUGUCUGAUCGUCCGCAGGUGUAACGUUCACGUUCACGGCUGGGAAACAUGCUCCAGCUAGUUUGUGGUGGCUUUUUGCUUUGAACACACUCCGCGACAUAAACUGUGCCCGACCCAGCUGACACAUUAAGAUAAUACCAGACUGCAGGACCUGCUCGGUGGAUCCACUCCAAGGUGGCAACUGAAUGUGAAAGACAGGAUUUUGUGUCAUGCAGCGAAAUCAUUUGGAGGAUAAUCACAUAUUGCGGGCUUGACUUCAGAUGUGCUCACUGGAAAUAGAACGAGAGGAGACACAAACAAACAGAGUGGAGGAACAGGGCGUACUGCAACCCGGAGGAGAGCCCCAGCAGACGGCUGAUGGUGGAGCUAUUAUCUCAGGGACAAGCUGUUUGAGGAUGGAGCAAGGCGAAUCUGUCCUUGACCGGGGGAUUACCAGGAGGGGGAGGGAAACCAUAUAAUAUUCUCUCAUUUAAAAAAAGAGGAAUGCUUCAGAUCACACCUUGAGACACUGUACAAGAAAAUCAAAUAAAGCAGUGGCUGGUGAAUUCAAAGGCUGACAGAAAUGGUAGCUCCAUCCAUGGCCUACAGAUGAACCCACGUGCAGUUCAUGGUACUACACACAGAGAGUACCAGCCUUGUGGAUUUCUUGCUGCUCUUCACCACUGACACUAAAAAUGGACUUAAUUGCUUCUGAUGUUAUGUAGCUUUAAAAACAGAUUCAGCACGUCUUCAGGACCAUCCAGUCGUUGUAAGGGCGAUGAGAAAGUCAUCCGUCUAAGCCACUGUGGAGAAAUGUCUGACAUUAAGAUGCAAACACCUGUUGGAGGAGGUUGUAUAAAAGACUUGUUUUUAAAAAUGGUCUAUAGCAAACGUCGCGUUCCCAUCUGUUUUUCAUUCCUCCACCUCCCUAUCUUCCUACUCCUCUUCUCCCUGGUUACACCUGCUCUGUCCAUUCAUAUGGAGGCCAUAGAGAGCCACAGUGAGUUUAGCUGUGAGCCCAUCAGACUGAGAAUGUGCCAGGAUCUGCCUUAUAACACCACCUUCAUGCCCAACCUACUGAAUCACUACGACCAGCAAACGGCAGCAUUAGCCAUGGAGCCUUUCCAUCCCAUGGUAAACCUGGUGUGCAGCGCUGACCUGAGGAUGUUCCUGUGUGCCCUGUACACUCCGGUGUGCACAGAGUACGGCCAGGUGACAAUGCCGUGUCGAAGCCUCUGCCAGCGGGCCAAGGAUGAGUGUCACAAGCUCAUGGAAAUAUUCGGAGUAGCCUGGCCAGAUGACAUGGAGUGUAGCAGGUUCCCAGAUUGUGACGAGCCCUAUCCUCGUCCAGAGGACCUGGUGACAAGUUCUGACCCAACUGAGCAAUCAUCCAUGACUGUCCAGAGAGAUUAUGGUUUCUGGUGCCCCAGAGAGCUCAAGCUGGACCCUGACCUGGGCUACACGUUCAUGGGCAGGAAGGACUGCUCUGCCCCGUGCCCCUCAAUGUUCUUCAAGCAGCAGGAGCUCACCUUCAUGCGCUACUUCAUAGGAGUCGUCUCCAUCGUCUGUCUGUCUGCAACGCUCUUUACGUUUCUGACGUUUCUCAUUGAUGUUACCAGGUUUCGAUACCCCGAGCGACCAAUAAUCUUCUACGCUGUGUGUUAUGUCAUGGUAUCACUGGUUUUCUUUCUGGGGUUUCUGUUGGAAGACAGGGUAGCGUGCAAUGCAGUCAGCCCUGCCCAGUUCAGAGCUUCAACCAUAACACAGGGCUCACACAACAAGGUAUGCACUCUGUUCUUCAUGGUCCUGUAUUUCUUCACCAUGGCCGGCAGCGUGUGGUGGGUUAUACUGACAAUCACUUGGUUCCUGGCGGCCGUCCCGAAAUGGGGCAGCGAGGCCAUUGAGAAGAAAGCCCUGCUCUUCCACGCCAUUGCCUGGGGGCUCCCAGGGGCCCUGACUGUCACCCUGUUGGCCCUGAACAAAAUUGAAGGAGAUGGGAUCAGUGGAGUGUGUUUCAUAGGGCUGUAUGACAUAGACGCCCUGAGGUGGUUUGUUCUGGCACCACUCUGCCUCAACGUGGCGGUAGGUGUCUCUCUCCUGUUAGUAGGAAUUGUGGCUUUGAACCGGGUACGCAUGGAGAUCCCUCUGGAGAAGGAGAACCAGACCAAACUAGUCAAGUUCAUGAUCCGAAUGGGAGUGUUUUCAGUGCUCUACCUGGCCCCCUUGUUGACUGUGAUUGGGUGCUACCUGUAUGAACACACCUACCGGACCAUUUGGGAGACGACAUGGAUGGAGGAGAACUGCAGGCGUUAUCACAUCCCCUGUCCAUACAAGGUGGAGCAGACUAGCCGGCCAGUCAUGGUUUUGUUUCUAAUUAAGUAUCUGAUGAUGUUGGUGGUGGGGAUCCCUUCUGUUUUCUGGGUGGGCAGUAAGAAGACCUGUUUUGAAUGGGCCAGUUUCCUGCAUGGCCGCAGACGCAAAGACAGUGGGGUGAAUGAAUCUCGUCAGGUGCUGCAGGAGCAGCCAGACUUUGCCCAGUCUCUGCUGCGUGAACCCAACACCCCCAUAAUUAGGAAGUCCAGAGGAACAUCCACUCAGGGUACCUCUACUCACGCCUCUUCCACCCACUUGGCUGUUUUGGACGACCUCGACGAACCAGUCAGAACUCACCACGGCCACCCCGCUUCAACCAGGAGCAAGGCCAGCAGCGUCCACAGCAAGGCCAGCUACCAUGGCAGCCUGCGCCGCACUCGUGAUGACAGGAGUGACACUGUGGUUUACCGAGGCACAGAAGAGCGCAGUUUCCAUGGCAGCAUGCCACGUCUCAACCACCCGCUCUCCACUCACAGCAGCCUCCAUCAGAUAGACAGCCACUCGAGGCACAGCAGCCAGCGAGACGUAUCUGAGGCCCCACCUACGCUCGUCACCCACGGAACAACGGCGAGCAACAGUCAAACUGCUGAGAAUGAAGGCACCAGCGCCUGAGAGGAGCAACGAGCCUUACAGAAAACUAUUGUAAGGAUGCUGUUGAUGCCUUUUAAAGGAAGAUUUGCCUCCAGCACACACACCUGUUUGUUCAGUGUGUAAGUGUUUUCCUCUGUUGGGACAGAGGAUGUAUCAGUGAGUGCUGUCGUGGUGAAUUUUGACGUUAGUUCCUCGCUGAUCAUUUGUAAUCCGUGUGGCUAAAGGCUAAAACAGGUCAGCCUGUGAACUUGACCGAUCUUCCAUAGAUCCAGUUAAGCUUCACUGUUAGCCGGACAAGCUUGUUUACUCAAUUUAAAUUGACACAGCAGAUGAAUGCCUGACUCAACGGACCGAGGCAGCCAGAACAGACCUCCUCAGAUGUGUGGUGACAUCAGUGAUGCUGACAUUAUUCAGGGAUAAUUUUGGUUUUGCUCAGAGCACUGGAUUGAGAACACUGAAGAAGUGUAAAGGACAAGUCAUCACACUUCAUGGACUGCAGGUGUACUCUGUAUGUUCAUUAGAUCCUGGGUUUGAAGGUUGGACACCAGUUUGUUUUAGAGCACCGUGACCAGUGGGGUGGCAUUGUCUCCUAAUCCUGAUCUCUCACCAUCUUGCAGAACCCACAUGAAUAUUACUAAUUAUGUGAACACUGCCGAGUAUUGCUUUCGUAACAACCUUUUAUGGUUCUCCCUCUCUUUUGCUGACUGAGACAUUAUUCUGAGUCUUUGUUUGUUCUGGACUGCUGCUCUUAAUGAGUGAUGUUCAUCUCUGUGUGGCUUCAGAGGCCGACAAAUAUGGGCCUAAUGUGAAAUUGUGGACCUCUCUGUGGUUUAGUGAAAUAUUUUUAUACUGUGAAAAUUGUGUGUCUGCCGCUGAAAGCUUCAUCGUGUGUGUGUGUGUGUGUGUGUGAGAAACAGACACGUGGUGAUAUGUGUUUAAACUUCUAUGCCUCCCUCUCCUGGUGAAGAACCUGAUGGAGGCAACUUAAAGAUGAAAACUUGUGAAACACAGAAUGUAUAAGGAUUGUGUCAGAGUCGGAUAUAAUGUGUACACGAUAAGGUGAAAUGUGCUGGAAUAAUGUGCGUGUACUCAGACACACACGCGCACAUGUUUUCCAGCUUUUUGGCCUCUUAACACCAUGUUAGCACUGACUUCUCUGCAGAGGCAUUAGCUAGACAGAUAGAAACGGCAGCUUUGGAAACAAGCAAAAUGACGGUUUACUAAGACAAUUACAUAUUGUCAGUCAGCCAGAAUCCCAAAAAUAAACAGACUAAGUACUGUAACUCAGAUUCAGGUACUAGUCAAUUACUGCAGUCAAGCCUCACGGCUGUGGAAGUAGAAUUUAAAAGUAAAAAACAAUAACAGCGCUUCUGUUCUCAAACGAGCCGAAUGGUGGUUGUUUUAGAGAGGAAGUACUUUUUUUAAAUGUAAUUGUACUUAUAGAUAUGUACCUACUGUAAACUGCUACUGUACAUGCUCUGCUCAUGUUUGUUUGUUGUAUUGUUCAUAUAUGGCACUCUGACUUACCCAAAAAGGUGCAAAGAAUUGGCAGUGAAACUGUAGAAAAUGUCAUGUUCACUAAUUGUGUAUGGCUUCAUUUUUUUCUCUGACGUUAUUUUAUGUUUAAGGCGAGACACUGCAGGUGAAAGCAUCCAUUUUAUUAAAUUUUCUUUUAUCAUACUACUAGUAAGAACACAUCCAAAAUACACAUUUAGGUGUUUUAUUUUUCCUCAGAAUCCUCUCCUGGAGAUUAGCACACAUUUAAUGUAAUACCCUCAUUUGCAUAUUUGAACAUAAAAUACCUGAAAACUUUGAGUACAAAAAUUAUUGUCUUAAUUUCAGCCUUGAGGAGUUUAAUGGGAAUAUCUAAUUGUUGUUGUUUUUUUUUUUUACCUUAUUCACCCCUGUAGUGUCUCUGCUUCAGUACAUGUUACAGGAAGUGUGUUUAUUGUAAAUGUUUUUCUCUAGUUUAUGUUUUGUCACCGAUCCCCGAAGACCCAAUUAACCUACCUCACCUGUACCCUCAGCCUUCUCUGUACCUGCACACACACAUUAUCAGGUGCUUUUUGUAAAGUGGAAAAUAUUGUCAUAGACUCAACAUGAAAAAUCAGUACAUUUAAAAUGGAGGUGCUUAUUCCUGGAGAAUCUGGACAAAAUUCGGCCCAAAACAAACAGACUUUAAUUGAUUGAUUCAGCCUUCUCACAUGCAGUACAUCAGUCUGAUAUCUGUAGCUAGCUGUCCGUCCCUUCCGCAGUUGGCUUUGUGUUUACCCAGUCUACCUCUUCAGUUGUACCUAGCUGACUCUCUAGCCUUUCACUGCUGCCUCUCUCCUCCCGUCUGUCUGAUUAUGUGUGCCUGUCUACACCUGUUUUAAAUUUCUCAUGACCAACUCCCUCCUGUCAGCUUGUCUGCCUGCAUAUCUGCUGUACAUAGAUUCUUUUCCCAUCAUCCUCUCUGAUGACUAAUCUGCCUCACAUCUGCCUUCUGCCUCUCCUCCUGUAAAUGUGCCCACACUGAUCUUUUUUUGGACCUACAGCAACUGUCUGUACUCUGUACAUCGUGACUGCUUACAAACAUUAACCAUUGUGCUUUUACCUCUGAGUCUGACAUUACAACAAGAGAUGUGUUUAUACGAUCACUGGUCUUAAACUUUCAGCUAUUGAAUAUCCCAUUCUUGUUCGUUCACCUCAGUCUGUGACCAUCGUUAUUAGUAAACCAACAGUGAGACAUGAGGAAGAUGUUUCUGAUGUGUCACUGUGAUUCAGCUUCAGAGUGAACUGCAGUAGCUUGAAACAUGACACUUUCUCAAAAGCAUAAUAAUAUUGUGAAUUCUGAAACUUGAGUUGUAUUUGCCUUUUAAUUUAUUUGCAGUUUGGGACUGUAAUGACUUCUCUUACAUGCAGUCUAAUAAACUUUUUAUAGACUUA